AUGUACCUGGAACUUUUGCACUACUUCAAGAAAGUACGGGUUGAACUAAGUGACAAGAGAGAAGUGUUCUUUGAUGAAAAUGGGGAUCCACCAGCUGUGUAUGAUGUUGUGAAUUGGCAGAAGAACCAACAGGGUGCCAUGGUCCAGAUAAAGGUUGGAAACUAUGACAGUGUUGCCUCAUCUGGAAAAACUUUUUCCAUAAAUACAAGUUCAAUGCAGUGGCCAAAUGGCAGACAGGAGGUCCCCAUCUCUAUUUGUAGCAUUAGCUGCUUGCCAGGGUUCAGGAAGGCACACCUUAGAGGGGAGCCUAUAUGCUGCUUUGAAUGUGUCUCUUGUGCACAAGGAGAGAUCUCUAAUAGCACAGAUGCCAUAGAUUGUUCCAAGUGUCCAUGGGAUAUGUGGCCGAAUACGGAAAAAGAUCAAUGUGUUCCAAAACCCAUUGAGUAUCUUUCAUACAGUGAGCCCUUGGGAAUGACCUUAAUGUCUACAAGCCUUUCAUCUUCCAUGAUCCCAAUUUCCAUUUUUAAACUUUUCCUUCGCUACAAGACCACACCAAUUGUCAGAGCCAAUAAUUACUCUGUGAGUUGUAUUCUUUUAUUGUCGCUUUCUCUCUGUUUUCUCUGUUCUUUGACUUUCAUUGGUUAUCCUGAGCCUGAGAAGUGCCUUCUGCGGCAGGCUGCCUUCGGUAUGGCCUUUGCUCUCUGUGUCUCCUGUAUCUUGGCCAAAACUAUAAUGGUAGUGUGUGCCUUUAUGGCCACCAAACCAGGAAGCAACCUGAAGAGAUGGACCAGUCCUUAUGUGUCUUAUAUGGUCAUUGUCACCGGUUCACUUCUACAGUUUAUUUUAUGCAGUAGUUGGGUGGUGGCUGCUCCACCGUUCCCUCAAAAUAACACAGAAACACAACCUGAAAUCAUUGUUGUUGAAUGCCAUGAGAACUCACCCAUUGCCUUUUGGAGCAUGCUGGGAUAUCUUGGCCUCUUGGCUUCCAUCAGUUUUUUUGUUGCAUUCUUGGCCAGAAGACUACCCGAUAACUUCAACGAGGCCAAGUUUAUCACCUUCAGCAUGUUAGCCUUCUUAAGUGUUUGGAUUUCCUACAUCCCGGCCUCUCUCAGCUCAAAAGGAAAGUAUACUGUAGCCAUGGAAAUCUUUGCAAUCCAGUCAUCAAGCUGGGCUCUCGUGGUCUGUAUGUUUUUUCCUAAAUGUUUCAUCAUCCUGUUUCGACCACAGAUGAACUCCAAAGAACAUCUCAUGGGGAAAGACAGAGGCCAGAAAUAGAAUGUAGAUAACAGUUCAUGAAAUGAGUGGUUUACCUAAAACUAAAAUAUAUCAAAUGAUCACUCUCUCUGGACAUUUGUACAAUUCUGUAGCUUCAGAUGAAAUGUAAAAAAAAAAUAUUUUAUGUAUUAAAUGACCGUAUUAUUGGGCAUUAUCUAGUUCAUGAAUUUUGUUUCUGUGUGUUCUAUACAAAUGGUACCUAAUAUUUUAUAUUUAAAAUACAUUUUAAUAUUAAUGAGACUACAGCCUAAA